AUGCUUGUUUUCAGCUUUUUCAGUGUUUUCAGCGCCGGCAAACACGCAACAGUACCGACAAGAGCGACUUGUUGGUGCGCGACCAUAAUGUACGGGUUUGUAAACUAUGCUUUGGAACUCCUCGUGGUUAAGACUUUUGGUGAAGAAACUUGGGAGACGAUCAAGAAAAAUGCCGAUCUUCAGAUGGAAGGCUCGUUUCUCGUAAGGCAAAUCUACGAAGACGAGCUUACAUAUAAUUUGAUUUCAGCAGCAGUUGAUGUUUUACAAAUACCGGCUAAUGCGAUUUUAGAGCUGUUCGGCAAGACAUUUUUUGAAUUUUGUCAAGAUUCUGGUUUUGAUAAAAUUCUUCAAGUGUUAGGCGCCACUCCUAGGGACUUUCUCCAGAAUUUGGAUGCUCUUCACGACCAUUUAGGCACCUUGUAUCCCGGGAUGAAAGCUCCGUCGUUUCGGUGCACAGUUCGGCCCGAAGAUGGCGCUUUAAUCCUACAUUAUUAUUCAGACAGGCCCGGACUCGAACAUAUUGUAAUCGGGAUAGUCAAGACUGUUGCAAGUAAAUUACAUGGAACUGAAGUAAUUGUUGAAAUUCUGAAAACUAAAGAAGAAUGCGACCACGUGCAAUUUUUGAUAACCGAAGCUUCGGGUCCGGGUAAAGUUCAACAUCCGGAAAUAGAUGAGAUUCAAACAUUAUCACUCGAGCCCAAGGUGAACGCCGCGACAUUUUGCCGCGUGUUUCCUUUCCACAUUAUGUUUGACCGAGACCUGAAGAUCGUCCAAACAGGUUCAACAGUGGCUCGUGUCAUCCCAAAGGUGACCUCAGCCGAGUGCCGCGUCACCGACAUCCUGGACACGGUUCGUCCUCACUUGGAGCUGACCUUCGAGAACAUCCUCUCUCACAUAAACACCAUCUAUGUCCUUAAAACUCGGCCCGGGGUGAUGCAAGUCUCCGCACCUCCCGAGUAUCGCUAUCUCCGUCUCAAAGGCCAAAUGCUCUACGUGCCAGAGACUGACUUGGUGAUCUUCCUCUGCUACCCUAGCGUGAUGAAUCUGGACGACCUUACGAGGAGGGGACUCUACAUCAGCGACAUUCCUCUACACGACGCCACACGCGAUCUGGUACUCAUGUCCGAGCAAUUCGAAGCUGAUUAUAAGUUGACGAGGAACUUGGAAUUGCUCACAGAUAAGUUGCAACAGACGUAUAGGGAGUUGGACAGGGAGAAGAAGAAGACGGAUGGGUUGUUGUACUCAGUGCUGCCCAUCAGUGUGGCAAAUGAGUUGAGACACAAGAGACCGGUACCAGCCAAGAGGUACGACUGUGUCACGCUGCUCUUUUCAGGAAUUGUUAAUUUCUCCGCUCUUUGUGCUGCCAAUACUGACUCGAAAGGAGUCAUGAAGAUUGUUAAUAUGCUGAAUGAACUCUACACGAAUUUUGAUGUCCUGACGGACCCCAAGAAGAAUCCGAACAUUUACAAGGUCGAGACUGUGGGCGACAAAUACAUGGCGGUGAGUGGCCUUCCCGAGCCUUGCACCACCCACGCCUGCAACAUAGCCCGUUUAGCCCUGGACAUGAUGGACCGGGGCAAAUCCGUCAUGUUUGAUGGCAACCCUGUGAAAAUCACAAUUGGGAUACAUUCUGGUGAAGUCGUAACGGGGGUUAUAGGUCACAGGAUGCCUCGAUAUUGCCUUUUUGGCAACACUGUCAACUUAACAAGUCGCACUGAAACAACCGGCGAACCUGGACGGAUUAACGUGUCAGAAGAGGCAUACAAGUUCCUGUGCAAAGAGGACAAUUUCGACGAGCAGUUCCAUUUUGAGUAUCGUGGACCGGUGACCAUGAAGGGCAAAUCUGAACCCAUGAACGUGUGGUUCUUGUCGAGAGCCAAGUCCCACUAGAGCUAACAAUCCAACUAGGUGGAGCGGCGUUGUGCACACUAUAAUUAUGACAUCGCAUUCUCGUGUGUAAUUAUCCCCGACAAGCCACACUUAUAAAUAUCUCCGAUACAUAAUUUUUAAUCGGUUGUGUCAGCACGCGUAAUAGAAAAUCCAUGUCGAUUGUCAUCGCUGUCUCUUCAGUUUCCCAACCAAUGUGUUUUUCUUUCCACCAUUUAUGACAUAACGGCUUUCUCAAUCGCCGAAUUUCACUCGAGCUGCGCCCACACUGUCCAAAAUUCGUUCACCUGUAGAGCCACCUUGACGGCAAGGUGAACCGCCUCAUUCCACAGCCACUUGUCGCCUGCACAGACGCAAAUGUGACCGUUAGGACACGUGAGCUGGUUUUAGGACCAACAAAUGUGCAUUUUGGUCGGCCUUGAACCGCAAGAAGCAUCUUUGAGGUGUUUCCGGGUGAAAUGUCAACGUUAUAGGCGAAAUUUAUGACCUUGGGAGGAAACGUUUCGCCAUUGUUUACUAAUAUUAGCACGUUUCGACUAGUUUCUUUUGUUUGUGAAAUGGUAAACAACAAUAAAUCAAUUUUAGGUAAAUUUACUAUUUUCACACCUUUAAGUGGCCAAUUAAGAGUGUAAGAAAGGUCAGAGAUUGUCUUUUGUUUUGUUUUCAAAAGUAAUAAACGUUUAUCAGGCAAAA